AUGAACUCCGUUAUUUCAAUUCCGUGCCCCGAUAAUCUUCAAAUACCACAUGCCAAUGUUGCACCAUCAAGAGAAUUCGCAGAGGCCUAUUUACUGGAAGUUGCAAAUAACUCAACAUUGGAAAAUAUAGACUAUGACUAUGAAAUGUUAUCGUCUAUAGAUGCUGCAUUAUCGGAACACCAACUACCAUAUAGACAGCAGGACAAUAUCCAGAACACAACAGCGCAAGAAUCAGAAAUCGAACUAGUCGAAGAAUGGCUGAAUGAAAAGAUGCAAAGGGAUAAACAGCAUGAUCCAGAAUACCAAACACCACAGACAAUGCAUUGCAGCAUGCAAAAUAGCGCAGUGCAUUAUUCAAAUUAUCAACCACCAAAAACAGUGCAUUACAUCAUCCUAAAUAAUCCAGAAUACUCUGUAGAAUACCAUUCAACGCAAGCAUUUCAAUACAGAAUUCAAAAUAAUGCAGUGCAAUAUCCAGAAUGCCAAAGAGCAUCUACUGAAAUGAAAUCGAUUUUAAAGUCUGUUGAUGAGCAGGACACUAAAAAGCCCAAGAGAACUCGGACAACCUUUAGCACAGAUCAACUCCUUGAGCUUUGUAGAGAAUUCGAAAAAAAUAAUUAUUUAAAGAGAUCGGUUCGAAUUGAACUUAGCGAAAAGCUUGGAUUAUCAGAGCGCACAAUCAAGAUAUGGUUUCAGAACAAAAGAAUGAAAAAUAAAAAAGAAAAAGACUCAAAUAUUGUAACAUCUACGAAUAUAGAACAAUAA